AAUAAUGAAGACAACAUUUUCGAACAUUUCCAAGAUCACCUGUCCUUUUCAUUCACCAUUGUUUUCUCAGACACACUUCUCUACUUUUCUUCCAAAUUCUCAAACUCGAACAAUGCAUUCUUCAAAAUCCUCUCGCUAUGAACAACUACCACCACCGCGUUUCCCGGCGAAUCAAAAUCCUCCGCAACCACCUCCGCCGCAACUCACCACCAGCCACUGCCAUUCUCAACCGCAACAACUGCCUCAGCUACUCCCCUCCGGAGCUCUCAGACUCAAACCCCAUCACCUUCGACGUGACGGAGAUGCGGCGGCUGACCGACGGCCACAACCUCGACGACCGCGACCGGCUGUUCGGUCUGAUUACACAGAGCGGCCUCUUCAACCGCCGCGAACUCGGCGGAAGGGUGUUCGUUUCCCCCGAUUACAAUCAGUCGAUGGAGCAACAGCGCGAGAUGACGAUGAAGCGAAUCGAGUAUCUCUUCGAUCGAGGGGUUUUCCGAGGAUGGCUCACCGGCGAUGGGCCGCGAGAUGAGCUGAGGAAGCUGGCGCUUCAUGAGGUUAUCGGAAUGUACGAUCAUUCGCUUGCUAUUAUGCUUGGCGUUUUCUUGUGGGGUGGGGCCAUAAAGUUUCUGGGAACCAAGCCCCAUCAUGACAAGUGGUUGAGAGCUAUUGAAAACUAUGAGAUCAAAGGUUGUAUUGCUAUGUCUGAGUUGGGCCAUGGAAGUAAUGUCCGAGGAAUUGAAACAGUCACUACUUAUGAUUCAAAUUCCGGAGAAUUCAUCAUCAAUACUCCAUGUGAAUCGGCUCAGAAGUAUUGGAUUGGUGGUGCAGCAAAUCAUGCAACGCACACUGUAGUCCUUUCCCAACUCCAUAUAAAUGGAAAAAAUCAAGGUGUGCAUGCUUUUAUUGCCCAAAUCAGGGAUUCAGAUGGAAACAUAUGUCCAAACAUCCGAAUAGCUGACUGUGGUCACAAAACUGGUUUAAAUGGAGUUGAUAAUGGCCGUAUAUGGUUUGACAAUGCGAGAAUACCCAGGGAGAAUUUGUUGAACUCUGUUGCUGAUGUUUCAUCAAGUGGCGAGUAUCUGAGUGCAAUAAAAAAUGCAGACCAGAGGUUUGCAGCAUUCUUAUCCCCUUUGACCUAUGGUCGUGUAACUAUUUCUGUUGGUGCUGUUUACAUCUCCAAGAUUGCCUUAGCCAUUACUAUAAGAUAUGCAUUGACAAGGCGGGCCUUUUCUAUUGCACCAAAUGGACCUGAAGUACUACUGCUUGACUACCCAAGUCAUCAACGGCGUCUAUUACCUUUACUUGCCAAGGUAUAUGCAAUGAGUUUUGCUGCAAUUGAGCUCAAAAUGAUGUAUGCGAACAGAACGCCUGAGUCAAAAAAAGCAAUUCAUAUUUUUUCUAGUGCAUACAAGGCUACUUUUACAUGGAAUAAUAUGCGUACUCUUCAGGAAUGUCGUGAAGCCUGCGGAGGACAAGGCGUUAAAACUGAAAAUCGUAUUGGUCAUUUCAUGAGCGAAUUUGAUGUGCAUUCGACGUUUGAGGGGGACAACAAUGUUCUGAUGCAGCAGAUGAGCAAGACACUCCUUGCAGAAUAUAUAACACGUACGACAAAAAAUGAGCCAUUUAGAGGUUUGGGAUUAGAACACAUGAACAAACCUUGGCCUGUUAUCCCAUCUCAGUUAACAAGUUCCGCCAUUAGGAGCAGUGAAUUUCAGAUUGAUCUGUUCCACCUAAGAGAGCGAGAUCUAUUGAGACGUUUUGCUGCCGAGGUUUCAGAAUACCAAUCUCAUGGAAAAAGCAAAGAGUCUGCCUUCAUUCUAAGUUAUCAGCUUGCGGAGGACUUGGGCAGAGCUUUCUCAGAACGAGCAAUACUGAAAACAUUCAUGGAGGCUGAGUCAACUUUGUCAGCUGGUUCAGUGAAGAAUGUCUUAGGUCUGUUAAGAUCAUUGUAUGCCAUGAUGUGUGUGGAUGAAGAUGCUUCCUUUCUUCGAUAUGGAUACUUGUCAAUAGAGAAUGCUUCUGCAGUGAGGAAAGAAGUGCCAAAACUCUGCUCUGAACUUCGACCCCUUGCACUUGCCUUGGUUAGUUCAUUUGGUAUUCCUGAUGCAUUUUUGAGCCCUAUCGCAUAUAAUUGGGUUGAUUCAAAUUCUUGGGAUUUGUCUCAACAUUAAUACCUGGUUUCUGCACGUGACUUAUUGGGUGGAGUAUAGUGGUAUGCUUACAUUACAGUUUUGUUUUAGUUUCCUAAUUGUUAAGGAAAUGUGAACGAUGUUUUAGUUAUGAUUUUUUUGGUCACCAUAAUUUAGUUAUGAAUUAAUACUCA